CGCACGGUGAGCAGCAGCAGCAGCAGCAGCAGCGACGGCUUCAGCGCUUUUCUGACGCACCAUCGGAGAUGAGCAUCCCAGUCCCACAGGCUGUCAAGGCAGACUCUCUCGACAUCUCCCCCUCGGACCACUGUGGUCAAGCUUUCAGCAUCAGCUCCAUUUGUUUUUAGUCUAUUUUCCGUAUCGCUUCGUUGUCCCGUAAUUUGUCAGAUACAGCACUGCGUUUGGCAGGGAUGCCCACAGUUGCCAGCUCUUGGCUUGGAAUUUACUUCGGUGGUGAUUUGGUAUCCGCAACAACUGUCAACGAGAGUGAUUGAUUACUGUCUACACUUGCGGGGGUCUCCUUGUUUUGGGGGGCAUCCGUCGGGACAUUCUUGUGCUUCACAGAUUAAGUGGUUGAAAUUAAAGGUGAAAAGGGAGGUUGAAUUAGAGGGCUGUUUUGACAGGAGAUCGUUUGGAUGACGGGCACCGAGAGGCAAUAGCUCUCCCUCUGCAACGCGAAUCUCUGCGCCCUUGGAAUAUUCUUACAGAGGCACUGUUAUAGACUAGAAAUAUUUUUCUCAGUUUGCAGUCAUAAUCCAUACGACGAGUUUGCCCACUGCAGGGGCUGCUGCGGCUUUCGUGUCUGCUGUGUUUUGAAAUACGAUUUCCUUGACGGGCGGGCGUCUGAGCAUCCCAGACGAGCCCGAAUUUGCGAUGCCCAAGCAGUGAGAGUACGGUGGGAUCUCAUUUGGUCACCCUGCACUGUAGCAUGGCUCCAGCCCGGAGGGACUGCAGCGGCUGGGAGAUGUUCCUCCCGACGGGAUGCCUGCUCCUCUCUGUUUUGCUAUUUCACCCUGCCCUGGCCAAGGUGUGUAACGACCGCACCAAACACGGACAAGACAACAGCUGGUUCGCCAGGGACGGGGAAAACUUGCCCAUCAUGGUUCUUAUGCCCAUGAAUGAAUCGGCCCUGAUGAGCAGCAUCAGCCAGGGCAUCGAGCCGGCGGUCCAACUGGCCAUCCAGCACAUACGGGAGUCCAGGAAGUACUCGUUCUCACUCAUCACCAAAAUCUAUGACACCGAGUGUGACAACGCCAAGGGGCUGAGGGCCUUCUUUGAUGCCAUAUGUUACGGACCCAAACACCUGAUGAUCUUCGGUGGUGUCUGCCCCUCUGUGACCUCCAUCAUCGCAGAAUCCUUGGAGGGCUGGAAUCUGGUGCAGCUGUCCUUUGCAGCAACAACUCCAGUUCUGGCAGACAAGAAAAAGUACCCCAACUUCUUCCGCACCGUCCCAUCAGACAAUGCUGUGAACCCAGCAGUAGUGAAGUUCCUCAACUACUACAACUGGAGCCGUGUGGGGACCCUCACACAGGAUGUGCAGAGGUUCUCAGAGGUGAGGAAUGAUCUAACUAAUGAGCUGGAGAAAGCAGACAUUCAGAUUGCAGAUACGGAAAGUUUCUCCAACGACCCCUGCGUCAAUGUCAAGAAGCUCAAGGACAACGAUGUGAGAAUCAUCAUUGGCCAGUUUGACGAGAACCUUGCCUCCAAAGUCUUCUGCUGUGCGUAUAACUUGAACAUGUUUGGCAGUAAAUACCAGUGGAUUAUCCCCGGCUGGUACCAGGGCAACUGGUGGGAGCAGGCCAACAGCACCAACUGCACCACCAAGAAGCUGCUCACAGCCAUGGAGGGAUACAUCAGUGUGGACUUUGAGCCGCUCAGUGCUCGCCAGAUCAAGGGCAUCUCAGGCAGGACCCCUAAGGAGUACGAGAGGGAAUACAGCCGAGAGCUUCAGCAGAAAGGUGUGGAGGCUAGCAAGUUUCACGGCUUUGCCUACGAUGGGAUCUGGGUCAUUGCUAAAACGUUGACCCGAGUGAUGGAGCUGCUGCGGGUAAAACAACGGCAGAACACCUACCACAACUUCACUGUGGAUGACCGCGAAGUGGGAAAAAUGGUGCUGGACGUCAUGAAUGAGACCAACUUCUUUGGUGUUACAGGCCAAGUCAUGUUUCGGAACGGAGAGAGGAUGGGCACAAUAAAAUUCAACCAGUUUCAAGAGGGCCAGGAGGUGAAGGUGGGAGAGUACAAUGCAAUUGCUGAUGUGCUGGACCUCAACAACAACUCCAUAAUGUUCCAAGGCGUGGAGCCUCCCAAGGAUCGUACGUUUGUGCGUCUGCAGCGGCGCCACAUCAACGUGCCCCUCUACAGCAUCCUGUCCACCAUCACCAUAUUGGGCAUGCUCAUGGCAGGGGCCUUCCUGUUCUUCAACAUCAAGAACCGCAACCACAGACUAAUCAAGAUGUCCAGUCCCUACAUGAACAACCUGAUCAUCCUAGGAGGCAUGCUCUCCUACGCCUCUAUCUUCCUGUUUGGUCUUGAUGGGGGUUUCGUCUCUGACAAAGAGUUUGAGACUCUCUGCACUGUUCGGACAUGGAUCCUCAUCGUUGGAUACACAACAGCUUUCGGUGCCAUGUUUGCCAAGACCUGGAGGGUGCACGCCAUCUUUAAGAAUGUGAAGAUGAAAAAGAAGAUCAUAAAGGACCAGAAGCUGUUGAUCAUCGUUGGCGGGAUGCUACUAAUCGACUUAUGCAUCCUCAUUUGCUGGCAGAUUGUGGACCCGCUUAAGAGGACUGUGGAAGAGUACAGCUUGGAGGCGGACCCCCAAGGCCGAGACAUAGCCAUCCGUCCCUUCUUGGAGCACUGUGAGAACACCCACAUGACCAUUUGGCUGGGCAUCGUUUAUGCCUACAAGGGACUGCUAAUGUUGUUUGGCUGUUUCCUGGCAUGGGAGACCAGGAACGUGAGCAUCCCUGCUCUCAAUGACAGCAAAUACAUCGGGAUGAGUGUUUACAACGUGGGCAUUAUGUGCAUCAUCGGUGCUGCUGUCUCUUUUCUAACGAGGGACCAACCUAACGUCCAGUUCUGCAUUGUGGCACUGGUGAUCAUCUUUUGCAGCACCAUCACGCUCUGUUUGGUGUUCGUUCCCAAGUUUAUCACCAUGAGAACCAACCCAGACGCUGCCACCCAGAACCGGAGGUUAAAGUUCACCCAGAACCAAAAGAAGGAAGACUCCAAGACCUCCACCUCAGUCACCAGCGUCAACCAGGCUAACACUUCACGACUGGACGGGCUUCAGACUGAUAACCACCGCCUCCGCAUGAGGAUAACAGAGCUGGACAAGGAGCUGGAGGAAGUGACCAUGCAGCUGCAGGACACGCCAGAGAAAACUCCCUACAUCAAACAGAACCAUUACCCGGAUGCCAACAACAUCCUCAGCAUACGCAACUUCACGGACGGCAAAGAUGGAGAGAAGUCGAUACUGAAGAACCACCUGGAGCAGAAGCCUCAGGCGCAGUGGGGCUCCAUGGAUCCUUCCAGAAUAAACAGAGGUCCCCUGGAGGAUAUCAACUCGCCCGAACACAUACAACGUCGACUGUCCUUGCAGUUGCCCAUCCUGCACCAUGCGUACUUACCUUCCAUAGGAGGGGUUGAUGCCAGCUGCACCAGCCCUAACGGCAGCCCUGGUUCCAGCCCACGGCACAGACACAUGCCCCCCUCCUACCGGGUAAUGGUCUCUGGCCUGUGAGCUUCAUUCACUCCCCCACCUGGCUCUUUGCAGAGGAGACAUAUAUGGUUAUUUUUUUCUACAACAAAUAGACUGAUAUCAUCAGCGUAUGUGCGUAUUUUGUCUCGGAACAAGGAGGACAGGGGGAGAAGAGAGGGAGGGGGGGACCGAGUUUCACUCUUCGUACCUCUUCACCCCGGCCUCUCUUGAGAACUAAAACCCUCAGUCAGGAAGGGGUGCGAGGAGAGAGUGGGCACUGGAUGACCCUUACAAACUCCUUCAAUUCACAGCAAUGUCCCCUUGUUCAUCUGCUCCCCUUGCCUAGGCAUAUACACAUAUGCACAGUCAAACCAACACAAACAUACACAAGUACACACACAUGCACAGACACACUGGCACCCCAAUAGCAGAACAGCGGUGGACCAGCCCUGACCUGACUUGUAGCCUUAUCUGCUUCAGAGGGGAUUGUCUGUUUCUGUUCCUUAUCUGUUGUGUGUAUGUGCUCGAGGCUACGUGUGAGCGUGUCAUCUAACUUGAGUAUUUCACUGCUUCAGUGACUGGAUACUGGUGUCGAGACGUGGAAUUUACAAAACCCAACAAAGGAAAUCAUCCAAUUUACUCCCCGUUCCCUUCUCAUUCUUGUGGAGACAUGUAAAUAUCAUCAUUUCUGACUUUGAUGUACUGUAAGCUUUGUAUAUGCUGUGAAUGGACAAUUAAAACGGGUUCUAAGUGUAGAGCUUGUAAGAGGAGCAGGUAAUCAGGACAUGGCACCCUAAAAAGAAUUAGACAUAUGAAAGAGAUUUGAAUUGGUUUGUGUAACUGUUGAUAAAUUAGCAUAUGGGCAACAAAGUAGGAUACAUCAAAGCUUGUGUGUCACAGAACAUGAAAAGGCACCAGGGCCCUGUUCCUCUAACUUGGAGUAACACAUGGCUCUUUUUUCCACUUUGCUAAAUUUGCACCACUGGUUACAUCAGAGAUUUCACAUCAGACUUUGCAUAGGCCUUUCAUAUUUUACAACUUGCUUAAUAUGUCCUCAGAAAGCAUGUUCUACAGAAUAUCAAUGCUAUGCCUUUAAACAGGUCUCCAAGGCUGCAUAUGCUAGAAAAUAGAGCUAAAAGGCACCACAAGAGUGUUCCACAGUUGUUAUAUAUGUGUGUGUUAUAUGCCAAGAAAUGCACACAUUCAGAUGUACACUUAAAACGCAAGAGAGCACCUUAUGAAUUCAGGUGCUAUUCAGAUGAGGCAUUAGUGACGGGCCUGGUCAUAUUGAUCCCCAUAGAGUGGUCUUUGUAGACUGUUAAGAUGCCCAUCUGAUCUAGCCCUCACAGCGAGCCAGCACAGACACGGGGCGAUGGGGUUCAUGUCAAUGGCAAAAGGGCACAAUGACUUCUUCGGAAGAAAUAACACUCAAGAAGUGAUGGUGGAAAGGAUGUAGGUCUAAGAGUUCCACAACAAGCUUGGAUCAAAUGGUUGACCUGAAUUUCCAAGAGCGAUAGUAAAGACAACGACGACACUGGAGCCUCAUCUAAUAAAGCCCCAGCCGGCUGUAGCUUUCAGUUCCAAGACGGUGAUGACACCACUGCUGGUCACAGUGAUAGAGCAUAAAGCACAGACACAGGGCUUUCUGUCAUAUUGAGUGUCAAGAAAAAUCACUUCACACUUAGCAACAGUGAACAUACCUCAGUUGCUAUGGAAAUGUAAUUCAGUGCCGUUGAACUGGGGCCCAAGAAGGCUGCACUGAGCAAAACGGUUAUCGACACAGUGUCGUCCUCUUUUCUUUUUUUUUCUUUCUUUUUUUUUGUAAAACUGUCCUCAUGCAGGAGAAAAGCAAGCAGAGACUCUGAUUGAAAGGACUUUUUAUGGAGCGUGAGAAAGUUUGUUAUUAGCAUAUGUUUCACCAUUGGUGUCUUGGUUUUUAGUUUUUAAGGCGUUUGUUGAACGCUGUGCCUGUUGUCUUAUAUUGUAGCCUGCAGGACCCACAGUACAUAAAUAGGGUGAAAUUGGCGCUGACCCAACAACAUUGGCCGCACAUCUGUAAAUUAUACAACGUGUCAUAGAUUUAUUUCAAUUCAAUGCCUCAAUGCAUGGAACAGUGUGGGAGAACUUAGUGAAAGCUCCACUUCAGCUGGAGCGGAUUCCCUCUGUGAGCUGAUGUCUGAACAUAAACACUGUCUUCAGUCGGAAGGCCAGUCAAGGAUACAGAGUUGGAGUGGGAGACAAGCUGGCAGAGAUCCACCUGCUAUCGGACAUAUCAGGGUGACUUCCCGUGAGAGCUCCUCCACUUCCAGCCCCUGCGGAGCACAGUAGCAGGGAAACCCCGAGCACAGACCUCCAAGGAGUCACGGCUUCUCCCGCACCUUUGCCAACCAGAGAAUCACGGUCACUUGACAAGUGAGUGAGAGACAUUGUCAGAGGGUUGGUUCUUCCUUCAGGAGGAGAGAAACCAACUGCACAUUUUAUAUAUUACAUUAUAUGUGAUUGUGUACAAUUUGCUGAUACCCCGAUGAUGGUGUCCAUGUAUGGAAUAUUUGGUAUUUGGCUUUCUCAAGACGGCAUGAAAUGAAAUGUAUAAUUCACAGAGUUACCUCUGUUUUUGCAACUGUCGUGACAAAUCCACUCUUGUCGUUUCAUCCUCUCACCUACGAUUUGGUUGUGUGUUUCCUUACAAAACAUUCAGUUCUUUUAACCUGUUGAUCAGCUCACACAUGUCAAAUGCCAAGAUUCUCAGUGGACAAACUCAACAUCAUCAUAUCGACUAUGCUACUGGUUUAGCAGUUAUUCACUGGGGGCAAUAAAGUGAAAGUAGUAGCAAAUGAUCAAUCCUAAUAACCCACUCCUGGCAUUUUACCAAAUUACAAAAUGACUUUUUUUUUAGUCCAUCUAAAAUGCCAAAUGCAGAUCAUCAGGUAUCAUUCUGUUGUUUUUUUUAAUGUGCCCUGAUUUUUUGUUUUUCUUUUAGUCAGAUUCACUUUUUUCAACAUGGAUGAAAAAUUGUUCAAAUGCAAUUGUGGUAGGUCAAGGGCUCAUAAUUUCCUGUAAUAAAUAAUGUCAUGCCGAUGGUUUGUAUUUGCCACAGGUCUUUUUACCUUUUUAGUUUGCAGAUUGAAGUGACAUAUACGUAUAUAAUUAUAUCUUUGUAUGUGUCAUCAUCAGGGUUUCUGGAGAACACGAAACAUACAUGUCCAAAAAUAUAACAAUAUGACGUAUAUAUUUAGUGGAACAACACACAGGUCCAUACUGUUACUGUUUUGUCAGUUUGAUAUGUGGUAUCACAUGGAGUUAAGUUCAAUUAAGAGUUUAAAAUGGAAAACAAACCUAUGUUAAAUGCAACAUGUUCAAGAGGGGCAAUAACUUGUUUUCUUAUUACAGAAAGAAUAGAGAACUAUAUAUAUGUAUAUGUAAAAGAUCUUUACGUACAUUCUCAUUUUUACAUAGGAAAUAUUUCACGAAUACGCCACAAGGAUACUUGGAAGUCAUUUUUUUAAUUUACAGUAUCUGUAACUAUGUUAUGUACAGAUGAGGUAUAGAUAUGAAAAAGUUGUAUAAAAUAAGUAUCACACUUGGAACACCUGAACUUUUUUUUUGGAGCCAUUAGUUGUUAUGGGGGGAUUUGAAUAACAUUCUUCUUUUAUUGUCUGAAUGUUAUGGACAGCCUUUACUUUUCACAUCAUCGUUAAAUAAAGUGAGACUGAAAAUAA